GAAUAUUUAUUAAAAUUUAUUUUAUAUAAAUUUAAUAUUCUUUCUAACUUGUUCUUACACAAAAGUUAUUUUCUUAGAAGCGCAAACUUACGUUAUUUUCAAAAGCAUGUAUGCUGGCUCUGCUAGUGGAAUCCAAUAUUCGUGGACCAAUAUGCUCCGGAGAGCAUUUGACCUUAAAAACGGGGAUGGCGUGUCUUAAAAAUGUGAAAAAAAGAUGCAAUAAAUAAUUAUAACACACAUACUUUAAUCUUUGGUUUUAUACUCAAAUUCCAUUUUAUUACUUCGUUCUUGAUUCCUUAUUUUAUAUACCCAAUUUUAUUUUUUUUAUCAUCGUCUCACAAACUAAAUUCUAUCGCUAACACCUGUUUAUUUCCAAACCGUAAGGUAGUAGGGAGGCCAUAAUUAACAAACCACCACCGCCUAUUCAAGACUGCUGGCGUCACCACAUACGUACCACCGCAUGCCACGUUUGAAUGUAGGUCACUAGGUCUGGAACCUUGCCACCCAAGUCAGGUCAUGUCGCGUCCAGUGACCCAAAUACUGGGGCGCGUGGACUCGGCACCUCCAGCUAUCUCUCGCCCUCUCUAUAUAGAUGUGCCACCUCCCUCAUUCUCGUACUUACAUUUCGUGUCUAUUGUUCUUCAAAACGCGUCGGUUCGAUCUCAUUUACGAAGCAGCUGCAAUGUGUCCCACCGGCAGUUCCCUACCUCAGGCGACUGCGGUGAGGUCUGAGUUCCGCCCGGCAUUCGACGUCCUUGACGCCGACCGCGACGGCAAGAUCAGCCGCGAAGAUCUCCGCAGCUUUUACGCGGGAUUCCCAGGCGGCGUCUCCGGAGAUGAGGAGGCGAUCGGGUCCAUGAUGUCGGUGGCGGAUUCGAAUAAGGAUGGGUUCGUGGAGUACGAUGAGUUUGAACGCGUGUUGGGCUGCCGGAGAAGUCCGAGGAACAAGGGCCACGGCGUCGCUGGGGUGAUGGAGGAUGUGUUUAAGGUUAUGGACAGGGACGGCGACGGCAAAGUAGGGCUCGAGGAUUUGAAGAGCUAUAUGAAUUGGGCCGGGUUUUCUGCAACUGAGGAAGAUAUCAAGGCCAUGAUCAAAUUGGGCGGCGGUGAUGAAGAUAGUGGUGUAUCCUAUGAUGGUCUGCUCAAGAUCCUGGCCGUUGAUUAUAUUAACUAAUUUUGCGCGUAUUUUACCUGUAAAAGUAAAAUAAAAUGUAGAAAUUUCUGCAUAUUUGCCGAACUCAUCUUUUUGUCCCAUUAACUAAAAAGGCGUUGCGAUCCAA